CGUACCGAAAAGCCCGGGUCACACAUUGGAGCACAUUGGGGUGAAAAUGACGAGCAGAUAAAAACAAAAAGGCUAAAUGUGCUAACCAGAUAACCAAUGUGGGGAGGCUUUCUGCUGAGGGGCUCCACCUGCCUUCUCCAGGUGGCUGCCCCGAGGUUUCUCCCCCACCACCAUGUUUCAUCUGCUUGUUUGAGAGUCCUCCACAAACCACCUGAUCAGGCCAGUCGGCUCUGUGCAAAGGUCUACAUCUCACCUCCCAGCGGAACCAGAGGUUAUAAGAAGGACUCCAAAUCCACUGUAGAGUUUCCUGGAACUCCCAUCACAGUCACAGAUAUCAAACAGUACAUCCGGUCCAAAGACAUCCAGUUCCAUGAUGGCUACAGCUGCCUCCACAUCCCCAGCAUCUUCGUCAACGUGGCCUCCAGGAAGGACAGCUUCUCCCUGUUCGUGGACAAAACCACCGGGCAGUUUCUGUGCAAAGACACGCUGGUGGAAGGCAGCUGGGAGGACCUUCAGGACUGCCUGGAGGUGAUGCAGAAGGAGGAACAGGACUUCCUGAGCCCCCAGGUGCUGCUGGGGUAUCCAGAGAGCAUGGAGGAGCAGGAGGAGAGGGAGAGGGAGCUGAUGGAGGUGCAGAGGAUCUGGUCCAGCUCGGUGGUCUUUAGUGACCUGCCAGAGGAUGAAGCUCAGCUCAUUAAAGCCAUGUUCCAGAUCACAAAGGUAUCGAAUGUAACCCUGAAGAAGUUUGGUGUGAGACUCUUCAAGCCCACAAAAAGUCUGGUUUUCCCCUGGUUCGGUGGACCCGAGUCCUCCUUAAAGGGCCUUAAGCUUCUGUCGGCACAAGGAACAGAAACAGACAAAGUACUUUAUAAUGAAGCGACAGUUCCCAAGUCCAGCUCCUAUUACAAUCUGUUUGGCCUCCCCCUCGUGGGCCGGAUGGACUCGGAGGUGGUGGUGACCGGUCACGAGCUGGACGCCCUGGCUGUGCAUCAGGCCACAGGACUCCCCAGUGUGGCCCUGCCUCGAGGGGUCAGCUGCCUCCCGCCCGUCCUGCUGCCCUACCUGGAGCAGUUCAAGCGGGUGACGCUGUGGCUCGGAGGAGACAUCCGCUCCUGGGAGGCCUCCAAGAUCUUCUCCCGCAAGCUGGGACUGAGGCGAUGCUGGCUGGUGCGGCCCGGGGAGUACCGGCCGAGCCCGGUGGAGGCGCUGGCCCGCGGCAAGAACCUGAGUCACAUCCUCAAAGCGUCGAUCCCAGCCGCCCACAAGUCGAUCGUAUCCUUCAAGCAGCUCAGAGAAGACGUGUACGGAGAGCUGGUCAACACAGAUCAGGUGGCUGGAGUGAAGUGGACGAGGUUUCCGGAGCUCAACAGGAUCCUGAAGGGACAUCGCAAAGGAGAACUGACAGUCUUCACAGGCCCCACGGGAAGCGGGAAGACCACCUUCAUCAGUGAGCUGGCCCUGGACCUGUGCAUGCAGGGCGUGAACACACUGUGGGGCAGCUUUGAGAUCAACAACGUGCGGCUGGCUAAAAUCAUGCUGACGCAGUUCGCCAUGCAGCGGCUGGAGGAAGACCUGGAGCGCUACGACUUCUGGGCGGACAAGUUUGAGGAGCUGCCUCUUUACUUCAUGACUUUCCACGGCCAGCAGAAUAUCAAGACAGUGCUGGACACAAUGCAACACGCGGUUUACCUUUAUGAUAUCAACCACGUCAUCAUCGAUAAUCUGCAGUUCAUGAUGGGACAAGAAAACCUUUCCGUAGACAAGUUUGCCGUCCAGGACCACAUCAUCGGGGUGUUCAGAAAGUUUGCGACCAACAGCUGCUGCCAUGUCACUCUGAUCAUUCACCCGAGGAAGGAGGAGGACGACCGGGAACUGCAGACUGCUUCUAUCUUUGGUUCUGCGAAGGCCAGCCAAGAGGCCGACAACGUGCUCAUCCUGCAGGAGAAGAAGAUGGUGACGUGUCCCGGCCGCAGGUCGCUGCAGGUCACCAAGAACCGCUUCGACGGAGACGUGGGCAUCUUCCCGCUGGACUUCAUCAAGUCCUCGCUCACCUUCGCGACUCCCCUCAAAGGCAAGCACAAGCUGAGGAAGGUCGCGGCGAAGCCGGAGGGCGAGGGCGAGGCCGAGGAGGCGGAGGGGAACGCCGCCACGUCCAAGAAGGACGACGUUAAAAAGGAGAAAACGGCCAAAGCUCCAAAAAGCCAGCGGACUGCAAAGAGCGCCUCAGGCGUACAUGAAACCGCCCAGAAGUGAUGAAGAGUGUGAGUUGAAGGGAGUGUGAGUCGCUUUCUCUGUUGAUCAGGGAUCACAUGGAAUGUUACUUUUCUGUCUGAGCCGCUGAUAAGCUCAACAGAAACCGACAGGCUACGCACCAAAAAGCAAGGAAGUUUGUGUUUGUAGAUAAAGACAAGUAGUUCUUGAAAAGAAAUCCACAUGAUUGUGGUUUGUGAUGAAGCUUUUUUACAAUCCAAGUGGACUGAACAAAGGAUGUCAAAACCAGAAUGUGAAAGAACAAAGCGUUAAACUCCUGUUUAGGCUUUAAAGCGUUUCUGUGCGUUAGGACUGAUUCCUCCGUUAAAACUGCUGCAGUUUCUAAUCCACUGUGACCCCAGCUGCUUGUUCCAGUCCUGCUGGUCUGUGUUUCAAAAUGACACUGGUGUUUUCUGCUUGUUCUCCUCAGGCUGUAAGCAGCCGCCGCUGUCAGUGUUUAACCUUUUUACUCAUAACCAGAACCCAUACAUACAGUGUAUAAUGUCUAUUAAACUAAAGCAACCAAGAGAAAGCAGAAACCUAUAGAGCUUUACCUUCAGUAAUCCUGUAGUUACUCCUGUGGCCACUACUGACUUUUUCUACAGUGUUUUAUCAAAUAAGCUGCCUU